AGUUUGAAGAAAAUAUAGUAAUUAUAAUAUAUUAACAUUCCAUAUUUGAAGACUGACCAGACAGAUUAUCGAAUAAAAAAAAAAAAAAGAGACCUUGGCAGUAUCAUGUCUGAUGACACUUAUUCAGUUUUCAGUAUGAGAGAGAGAGAGAGAGUGCAGUGCAGCCUCAUUCACUCACCCCUGCUCUUUUCUCGUGACAAAGCCCUUUACGUGAACUCCUCGUUUUUCUUUUCUUUCUCAGACCACCUCUCCUUCCCUCUCUUUUGUUUCUGCGCAACAAUAUUACAAACCAUCUUCUUCUUCCUUCUAUAACCAACAUGCCCAUCUACCCUCUUCUCUCUUUUGUUUCUUUCCCUUUCUCUCUCAUUCAACCCUUUCUUUUCCUAAAACUAUGGGCUCCUCUCCUUGGAUUCUGAUACUAUCUCUACUGGGAUUUCCUGCAAAAAACCUUUCAUCUUUUUUCUGGGUUUUCAAUCUCCAGCUUUAUCUCCAUUCUUUUUCUAAGCUGUGAUGUUUUUAAUCCAUAAGAAAGUUGCUUUCUUUAGCUCCAACCUCACUGCUUCUUCGUCUAAAAUUUGAGAUUUGGAGCCAAAAUUGAAGGGAAAACGUAAUGUGGGUUCUAAUCAGCAAGUGAUUGUAUUUGUUGUUGAAUUUUCAUUUGAUAAAAAGAUAAAGCUCAUAUAAUGGCAUAUUUGUACUUGUCAUUUUUGCUUGUUUGGUUUCUAUCGAAAUCAUUUCUUGGGGAGGCUCAGCUCAAUGACCAAGCUACAUUGUUAGCCAUUAAGGAAGAGCUUGGGGGUGUAGCAGGUUGGGGUGAUAACGAAACAGAUUACUGCCGCUGGGAAGGUAUUCGUUGUGGCUUGAACCAUUCCCUUGUUGAAAGACUGGAUCUUUCUAGGCGUAUGCUUAGAGGUAAUGUUACUCUCAUCUCUAAUCUUAAAGCAUUGAAGGAGCUCGACCUUUCUUUUAAUAACUUCCAUGGACGGAUUCCUUCAGCUUUUGGGAAUUUAUCUGAGCUUGAAUAUCUGGAUCUGUCAUCGAAUAAGUUUGAAGGUUCUAUUCCAGUGGAGUUGGGUGGCCUUAGAAACCUUAGAUCAUUGAACUUGUCAAACAACUUUCUUGUAGGAGAGAUACCUCAAGAACUUGAGAUGCUAGCAAAGUUGCAGGAUUUUCACAUUUCUAGCAAUAGAUUGAAUGGUUCUAUUCCCCAUUGGGUUGGCCGUUUGACCGAUUUGAGAGUUUUUACAGCCUAUGAGAACCAGUUAGUUGGUAAGAUUCCUGAUAAUCUAGGUUUGGUUUCUGAACUGGUGUUGCUAAACCUUCAUUCAAACCAGCUUGAUGGGUCAAUACCAAAAAGCAUAUUUGCCAUGGGGAAGCUUGAAAUUUUGGUUCUCACCCAGAAUGGACUUACUGGUGAGCUUCCUGAAGAAGUUGGUAAUUGCAGAGGCCUUUCUAGUGUUCGUAUUGGGAAUAAUAAACUUGUUGGCACCAUUCCCAGGACCAUUGGAAAUGACACUAGCCUCACAUACUUUGAGGCAGAUAACAACAACUUCUCUGGUGAAAUUGUCUCGGAGUUUGCGCUGUGUACUAAUCUUACACUCCUAAACUUGGCCUACAAUGGAUUUACAGGAAUAAUUCCGCCGGAGAUUGGACAACUUAUGAAUCUUCAAGAGUUGAUUCUUUCUGGAAACAGUCUGUCUGGGGAUAUUCCGAGAUCAAUUCUGGAGUGCAAGAAUCUUAACAAGCUUGAUUUAAGCGAGAACCAGUUUAAUGGUACCAUACCAAAUAAAAUUUGUAAUAUGACAAGAUUGCAAUACUUGCUCUUGGAUCAGAAUUCAUUCAAAGGGGAAAUACCUCAUGAGAUUGGGAAUUGUGUGAAACUGCUUCAAUUGCAGCUUGGCAAUAACUUUUUCACUGGAAGUAUUCCUCCUGAGAUCGGUCAUAUUCGCAACUUGCAGAUAGCUCUAAAUUUGAGCUUCAAUCGUCUCCAUGGUCAAUUGCCAUCGGAAUUAGGGAAACUAGAUAAGUUGGUCUCUCUGGAUGUCUCCAGUAAUCAGCUUACUGGUAAUAUUCCACUGGCACUUAAAGGCAUGUUGAGCUUGAUAGAGGUCAACUUCUCAAAUAAUUUUCUCACUGGUCCGAUCCCGACAUUUGUACCAUUCCAGAAGAGUCCGGAUUCAAGCUUUCAAGCAAAUAAAGGGCUCUGUGGGGAGCCAUUGAGCUUCACAUGUGCAAACUCUGAUCCCGCGGACUACCACCAUACUGUCUCUUACAGGAUCAUACUAGCUGUGAUCGGUUCAGGUCUUGCGGUGUUUGUAUCGGUCAGUGUAGUGGUGGUCCUGUUUAUGAUGAGGGAGAGACAAGAGAAGGCCGCAAGAAGCGUAGAGAUUGAAGAUGAAGGAACCAGUGACCAGCCAACCAUCGUAGCAGGGACUGUGUUUGUCGAGAAUCUCAGACAGGCUGUAGAUCUAGAUGCUGUAGUCAAAGCCACUUUAAAGGAUUCAAACAAAAUCAACAAUGGGACUUUCAGCACCAGUUACAAGGCAGUUAUGCCUUCCGGAUUGGUUUUGUCGGUAAAGAGACUGAAGUCGAUGGAUAGGACCAUAGUUCAUCAUCAAAACAAGAUGAUUAGAGAGCUGGAAAGACUAAGCAAGCUUUGUCAUGAUAAUCUCGUACAUCCUAUUGGUUUCGUCAUCUAUGAAGAUGUCGCUCUUCUGUUACAUCAUUAUUUACCAAAUGGAACACUUGCACAACUUCUUCACGAAUCGUCGAAGCAGUCCGAGUAUCAGCCAGACUGGCCCAGAAGACUAUCAAUAGCCAUUGGAGUAGCAGAAGGAUUGGCUUUUCUCCAUCAUGUGGCUGUUAUCCACCUUGAUAUAUCUUCGAGCAAUGUACUUUUAGAUGCGGACUUUAAGCCAUUGGUUGGGGAGAUUGAAAUAUCAAAGCUCUUAGAUCCAUCCAAAGGUACUGCAAGUAUUAGCGCUGUUGCUGGUUCCUUCGGCUACAUUCCCCCAGAAUACGCAUAUACAAUGCAAGUCACCGCUCCAGGAAAUGUGUAUAGCUAUGGUGUGGUGUUGCUUGAGAUCCUCACCACACGAUUGCCAGUGGAUGAGGAUUUUGGGGAAGGAGUAGACUUAGUGAAAUGGGUUCAUGGUGCUCGAGCAAGAGGGGAGACCCCUGAGCAGAUACUUGAUGCAAGGCUUAGCACGGUUUCCUUUGGGUGGAGGAGAGAAAUGCUUGCAUCUCUGAAAGUAGCUUUACUCUGCACUGACACCACACCCGCAAAACGACCCAAGAUGAAGAAGGUAGUGGAAAUGCUCCAAGAAAUAAGGCAAAAUUGAUCCACAAUUAUCUUAUCUGCUUUCUCAGCCAUUUAAGACGGGAAUAUAUCCAUAUUGAGGCUUGGAUAUGUAUGUCCCAACCUACUCCAUUUUGAGUAAUUCAUUUAUCUAAACAAGUGGGCAAAGGGGGUGGCAGGAGGGCGGCUCAAACAAGAACAACCUACCUUAAGAUGCCUUCGAUUGUAAUAUCCAAAGUUUUUGGUUUCCGAACUUGUUAGAUAUGAUUUUCUUUUCUUUAACGGAGUUUCACUCGUAUACUAAAUUAUCAAAA